ACAUUCGUUUUAUGUUGUUUUCUCACAAAAAAAAAAGAUUGUUCAUUGUAAAAAUUAAAUGCCACCUGUCGAUAAGCGCGGCUCCUAUUCCGUGCAGAGGAAAGGUGCAAAUUAGUUUGUGCAGCCAGUGAAAGCCGCAAGAACGCCUGGGCACCACGAAUCGCAGGCAACACCGUGAGGCAGCAGCAGUAGCAUAAGUGGAAACAGGAGGAGGGGCGCAAAGACGGCAAAGUCUUUUAAGGCAAAGCAAAGCAGCGGCGUCACCAGCAGCGCCCAACAAAAGCCAGCCAAACACCACCACCAGCGCCACCUCUUCUGACGUCAGUGCUGGCCUCUGGGCUGGCCAGUUCUCUAUUUAUUGCAGCUAUGGAGAGUCCUUGUGAGUCGGAGAGCUCGCUGGAUGGCGGCACCAUGCUGCCGCCCAGCCCAGUGUCGCGGGAGCAGCUACAGAAGCGCAUCGAGUCGCUCACCCAACAGAACAAAGUGCUGAAAGCGGAACUGGACACGUUCAAGACCAAGUGCAAAGUGGUGCAGGAGGAGAAUCGAUGCCUGAAGCAAGCCUCGGUCAUAAUUCAAGCCAAAGCCGAGCAGGAGGAGGAGUACAUCUCAAACACGCUGCUGAAGAAGAUCCAAGCUCUGAAGAAGGAAAAGGAGACGCUCGCCCAUCACUAUGAGCGCGAGGAGGAGUGCCUCACCAACGAUCUGUCGCGCAAACUGGACCAGCUGCGCCAGGAGAAGUGCAAGCUGGAGCAGACCCUGGAGCAGGAGCAGGAGUGCCUCGUGAAUAAGCUGAUGCGCAAGAUCGAGAAGCUGCAAGCGGAGACGGACAACAAGCAGACCAAUCUCGAGCAGCUGCGCCGCGAAAUGGUCGAGCUGGAGAACACACUCGAGCAGGAGCAGGAGGCGCUGGUCAAUAAGCUGUGGAAGCGCAUGGACAAGCUGGAGACGGAGAAGCGUUCGCUGCAGAUCAAGCUCGAUCAGCCGGUGUCCGAUCCGACCACACCACGUGAUAUCACCAUCAAUGCCAAUGGCGGGGACACCGCCACCCAUCUGAGCUCCCACAUACAGGCGCUGCGCUCGGAGGUGUUGCGUCUGCGCGCCAAUUUCGCUGCCGCCCAGAAGGAGACCACAAUCAAAAUGCAACAAUUCGCACAGGAGGAGAAGUCCAUACGCGAGGAGAACGCCCGUCUCCAGCGCAAGCUCAAGCAGGAAGUGGAGCGCCGUGAGGCCCUCUGUCGGCAUCUCUCCGAGUCCGAGUCGUCGCUCGAAAUGGAUGAGGAGCGCUUCUACAACGAGAGCCUGAUGGCCGGCAACUCUGCGGCCUCGGCGGUGAACGCCCAGCGACAGCGCACCAUCAGCAGUCCCGUCUCCCACAGCCCGUCGAGCAGUCGUCCCCUCAGUCCGGGCACAGCGGGCCAGAACCGUUGCUAUGCCUGCGGCCAACUAGUGAAUCGUAGGGCCAGCGAGCGCUUCAUCAAGCCAGCACUGCCAACGCCCAUGCUGGGCCUGAACACUUCCGCACCCAAUGUGCUGACCACCACAAAUCCCCUGAUUGGCAUGCUGGGGCCCAAUGCAUCGGCCGGGGGGAAUGCUGCUGGCGGCUUUCUCUCGAACAGCGAACGAUUAAGUUUGGGCGCCCAGCCAUCGGGUGGCGGCGUCGGCGGUGGCAGCUCUACCUUCCUGGCUGGUGGCGGGGGACUGCUCUCGUUGAACAACCAGCUGGGCGUGGGCGUGGGCGGUGCGUCCAGUGCCUCGUCCUCGUCGUCCAAUUUGAUGAACAUCAGCUUGAACAACUCGUCCGGCGGCAAUCUGGUCAACAGCAGCAGCAACUCCUCGCUGUCGGCCUUUACGCCCACCAACCAGCCCAGUGCUUCGGCCACGGCCUUCAUCCAGCCGGCCAGCCCCAUGGACACUUCCACAUACAAGGAGUAGGAGCAGCAGACGGGAUUUGGAUUGCUCUCCUCUGCACCCGUUUUGCUCCAAUUAUUGUCAUGACUUAUUUUCCCCCCCUUCUCUCUCACACAACACACAAACACACACACAAAUAUAUAUAUUCGCUCACACAC